CCUCCUCCUGCUCCUCACCGCCCCGCCUCGGCCCGCCGCGGCCCGGUACCAGCGUGUGGUCCCGCCAACGGAGCCGUCCGUGCCUCGUGCUCCCAGGACUGCGGUGCUGCGCGCUCGUGGUGCGUGGCACUACUCAUGGCGAUGGAUCGAGUGAACACGCUGUGCGAGCAGCUGGUGAAAGCGGUGACGAUCAUGAUGGACCCCAGCUCCACCCAGCGUUACCGGCUAGAAGCCCUCAAGUUUUGUGAGGAGUUUAAAGAAAAGUGCCCUGUCUGUGUUCCCUGUGGUUUGCGGUUGGCUGAGAAAACACAAAUUGCCAUCGUCAGACAUUUUGGCCUUCAGAUCCUGGAACACGUUGUCAAGUUUCGUUGGAACAACAUGUCUCGAUUGGAGAAGGUCUAUCUGAAGAACAGUGUCAUGGAGCUGAUCGCAAAUGGAACUCUGAACAUUUUGGAAGAAGAGAACCAUAUUAAAGAUGUUCUGUCUCGAAUUGUAGUAGAAAUGAUCAAGCGGGAGUGGCCACAGCACUGGCCUGACAUGCUAGUAGAACUGGACACUCUUUCCAAACAAGGGGAAACACAGACUGAAUUAGUGAUGUUCAUUCUUUUGCGGCUGGCAGAGGAUGUAGUGACCUUUCAGACACUACCCCCUCAAAGACGAAGGGAUAUCCAGCAAACAUUAACCCAGAACAUGGAAAGAAUCUUCAGUUUUCUCCUUAACACGCUUCAAGAAAAUGUAAACAAGUACCAACAAGUGAAGACAGAUAAUUCUCAGGAGUCAAAGGCCCAAGCACACUGUCGAGUAGGAGUCGCGGCAUUGAACACUCUGGCAGGCUACAUUGACUGGGUGCCCAUGAGUCACAUUACUGCCGAGAACUGCAAACUUCUGGAGGUGCUGUGCCUGCUCCUGAACGAACAGGAACUUCAGCUGGGAGCAGCUGAGUGUCUCCUCAUCGCGGUCAGCAGGAAAGGCAAGUUGGAAGACCGGAAGCCCUUGAUGGUCUUAUUUGGAGAUGUUGCCAUGCAUUAUAUACUCUCCGCGGCACAGACCGCUGACGGAGGAGGCUUAGUCGAAAAACACUAUGUCUUCCUGAAGAGACUCUGUCAGGUGCUGCGUGCCCUGGGCAAUCAGCUGUGUGCAUUGUUGGGUGUGGAUUCUGAUGUAGAAAUACCAGCAAACUUUGGAAAAUACCUGGAAUCUUUUCUUGCUUUCACAACUCAUCCAAGUCAGUUUUUGCGCUCUUCAACUCAGAUGACUUGGGGAGCCCUCUUUCGACAUGAGAUCCUAUCCCGAGACCCUUUACUAUUAGCAAUAAUACCAAAAUAUCUGCGUGCUUCUAUGACUAACUUGGUCAAGAUGGGCUUUCCUUCUAAAACUGACAGCCCUAGCUGUGAAUACUCUCGAUUUGAUUUUGAUAGCGAUGAGGACUUCAAUGCUUUCUUCAACUCUUCUCGGGCCCAACAAGGAGAGGUAAUAAGGUUAGCAUGUCGUUUGGAUCCCAAGACUAGCUUCCAGAUGGCUGGGGAGUGGCUGAAGUAUCAGCUCUCAACUUCUAUUGACCCUGGCUCCAUGAACUCUGGAACUGGAGAAAGCAGCCUCUGCUCCAUAUUCUCACCAUCAUUUGUGCAGUGGGAAGCCAUGACCUUUUUUUUGGAAAGUGUGAUCAACCAGAUGUUUCGAACACUAGACAAAGAAGAAAUUCCUGUUACUGAUGGAGUAGAGCUAUUGCAGAUGGCUCUGAACUUUGACACCAAGGACCCCCUCAUCCUGUCCUGCGUCCUCACUAACGUCUCGGCACUGUUUCCAUUUGUCACCUACAGACCAGAGUUCCUGCCCCAGGUCUUCUCUAAGCUGUUUUCAUCAGUCACUUUUGAAAUUGUUGAAGAAAGUAAGGCUCCCAGGACCCGGGCGGUGAGGAAUGUGAGGAGACACGCGUGUUCCUCCAUCAUCAAGAUGUGUCGUGACUACCCCCAGCUCGUGCUGCCCAGUUUUGACAUGCUGUACAACCAUGUGAAGCAGCUCCUGUCCAACGAACUGCUGCUGACACAGAUGGAGAAGUGUGCCCUCAUGGAAGCCCUGGUUCUCAUCAGCAACCAGUUCAAGAACUACGAGCGUCAGAAGGUGUUCCUCGAGGAGCUGAUGGCACCUGUAGCCAGCAUCUGGCUUUCUGAAAACAUGCACAGAGUGCUCUCAGAUGUUGAUGCUUUUAUUGCCUAUGUGGGGGCCGAUCGGAAAAACUGUGACCCGGGCCUGGAGGAUCCCUGUGGCUUAAACAGAGCACGAAUGAGCUUUUGUGUUUAUAGCAUCCUGGGUGUUAUGAAACGAACUUGCUGGCCCACUGACCUAGAAGAGGCCAAAGCUGGGGGAUUUGUGGUGGCUUAUACGCCCACUGGGAACCCAAUAUUCCGUAACCCCUGCACAGAACAGAUCCUGAAACUUCUUGACAAUUUGCUUGCCCUUAUAAGAACUCACAAUACAUUAUACGCACCAGAAAUGCUAGCCAAAAUGGCAGAACCUUUCACAAGGGCUCUGGAUAUGCUUGAAGUGGAAAAAUCUGCUAUUUUAGGAUUACCUCAGCCUCUCCUGGAACUGAAUGACUCUCCUGUCUACAAAACGGUCUUGGAAAGAAUGCAGCGUUUCUUCUGCACCCUCUAUGAAAACUGUUUCCAUAUCCUCGGGAAGGCAGGCCCUUCCAUGCAGCAGGACUUCUACACCGUGGAGCACCUGGCCACCCAGCUCCUCAGCUCUGCUUUCGUCAACUUGAACAAUAUUCCUGACUACCGACUCCGACCCAUGCUUCAUAUCCUUUUGAAACCUCUGGUGCUCUUCUGUCCCCCGGAGCACUAUGAAGCCCUGGUGUCUCCCAUCCUUGGACCUCUUUUCACCUACCUCCACGUGAGGCUUUCCCAAAAAUGGCAAGUCAUCAACCAGAGGAGCCUGCUUUGUGGAGAAGAUGAGACAACAGAUGAAAACCCAGAGUCUCAAGAGAUGCUGGAGGAACAACUGGUGAGGAUGUUAACCCGAGAAGUCAUGGACCUGAUCACUGUGUGCUGUGUUUCAAAGAAAGGUGCUGACCACACUACUGCUCCCCCUGCAGAUGGAGAUGAUGAAGAGAUGAUGGCCACAGAGGUAGCCCCCUCGGCCAUGGCGGAGCUUACAGACCUGGGGAAAUGCCUGAUGAAGCAUGAGGAUGUUUGUACAGCGCUGUUAAUUACGGCCUUCAACUCCCUGGCCUGGAAGGACACCCUGUCCUGCCAGAGGACGACCACACAGCUCUGCUGGCCUCUCCUCAAACAAGUGCUGUCAGGGACACUGCUCGCAGAUGCUGUUACAUGGCUGUUCACCAGCGUGCUGAAGGGCUUACAGACACAUGGGCAGCACGACGGCUGCAUGGCUUCCCUGGUCCACCUGGCCUUCCAGAUAUAUGAGGCGCUGCGGCCCAGGUACCUGGAGAUAAGAGCUGUGAUGGAGCAGAUUCCGGAAAUUCAGAAGGACUGUCUGGACCAGUUUGACUGCAAGCUGUUGAACCCCUCUCUGCAGAAAGUGGCUGACAAGCGCCGGAAGGACCAAUUCAAGCGCCUCAUUGCUGGGUGCAUUGGGAAACCCCUGGGCGAGCAAUUCCGGAAAGAAGUUCACAUUAAGAAUCUUCCCUCACUUUUCAAAAAACCAAAGCCAAUGCCAGAGACAGAUGCGCUGGAUGAGGAGGGUGGCCUAGCCACCAUCUUUGAACCCUAAAUCAAGCUGUUGCGCAUCCUUCCUCGACCUUUAUUGUCAUCUCUUCUUCCCCUGUGUAGCUGAUCUCUAGGCCCCUCUCCACUGCCACCUCACUUUCCACCGUCGUCAGCCUGGAGAGAGAUCCAGGGCUGGAGCUGGAGAGAGCGGGCCCUGUUUAGGGCUGGAAGUCAUUGUGCUCAAGUAUCAAGAGGGAGUCAGGGCUUACACCAUUCUGUCUAGAUUUCCCAGGUAUAUCCCAUCCUCUUUGGAGUUUUGCCUUUUCCCAGAGAGAAAAGCUAGAGCAGAGCGGCCCUUCUCCCCAAGCCCUCCCAUGCCCAGGCAGCCAUACACCUGUGCAGAGUGGUAACUAGGGGCGCUACACCCAAUGCUGUGACCAGCCAGGCUUGCGGCAAGGGCUCAGCCCUGAACUACUUGUGCCAGAGUUUCUCCUGGGUUGUUGAGUUCCAUUGAGCCCCCUUGCUGCCGGGCUGACAAGAACCUUCCCCAUUCUCCAGGGGCGUAUCUGGGUCAGGUGCUGAACUGAAUCUGGCCAGUUCCCACUUUGAGCAAGAAUCUGGUCGCCUGAGGAGAUCCGUGGUAUGAGCCACUGAUAAGCUCUGGGUACAGUAUCAAACAUCCGUCCCUUCGGGGGCCAGGGCUGGGCCAGGGUCUGUAGUGCUCUAACACCCCUUAGAGCUCACAUAUUUUGUCCUGCCACGAAUCCUCAGUGUUGUUUCCCCAGCCCCCAGGGUCCACUCAGACACAAGAGCCACAGUACCCUAUCUAGUGUCAUGUGAUGUCACUGGCAUUCAAGGAUAAAUCCACACCAACUAGGCUAUAUCUGUAACAAGCAGCUAGCCACUGGUCUCCUCUCCUAGGACUAGCUGAGUCCAGGUGCCUUCAAAAAUCUCAUGGUCUUUUGGGUCCUGGUCACUUCCCUCAUGGGCCAUUUGCAGAAGAGAAAAACAUGCCUUCCCAUCAGAGCCUUUAUUGUGAGUCUCCAGUCUCUUCUAGACAUCACUGGAUGGCCCUAUAAGCAGAGGGGACAUGGGUGUGGGAAUUAAGUUAAUCUCCACAGUGUUCAUGUGCUCUCCACAGAGGCCUGGCAUCAGUCCAAUCCACUGACCAGGCUUUUCAGUGAGAGCCAGUCAGAGUGCAUGGACUGAAGCUGCAGCUCUUAGCUGGUAUGGCCCCAGGUCAGGUGGGGGCAGGAAGAGGUGAAGCUGGAAAAGACUUGGGAGUCCACGUAGCACCCUAUGGCACAGGCUGGAUCCGUCCCCUCUUCCUGGGUGGUGCUUUGGGCUUCCUGUCCACUGUGAAGGCCGUCUCCGCAUGUUUCCCUCCAGGUUUACCAGCUGCCUACUCCUCUCUGGUGGGGCUGUGGAGGGUAUAGUUGUAUUUAUUGUGUUGUAAUAUUUUUAACAUCCAGUGACUUCAUGCUAGAAGUUUUCUAUUGUUUAUAUAACCUUUUUGUAGAAACAUUUAACUGAAGCACAUCUGCAUGUCAGUAAAAAUCUCAGUUUCAUACAGAAAGGGCCCCAUCUGCCUUUUUCAAACCAGUGACACACUCCAGGGUCGCUGUUCCUCACAAGCAUCUUGCCAGCGGGGCUGGACAGGAGGAGCUGCCUAGGAGACCUGCUCCACCAGGCCCUCCCUCUGAACUAAGAUAGCAUGCCAGCCGGGGGAUUUCUCUCCACGACAUGUAGGCCAGGUAGUCCUUGCAUCCUCUCAAGUGUUGCCACUGGUGGCCGCUGGACCUAACCCAGAGGGGCUGUCCAAAGAGCACUGUUCUUCCUGCCUGUGUCUUGAUGGCCCUGUGACUCGACUGCCAUGGAACACCCUCUUCUCAGGAACGUCCUCGUAUCCAGGAAAUAGGUGAGCAGCACACGCUGUUUUCCUGCGGUCUGCUUGUGCCCCCAUUUGGCAUUCUCUUGGGGCUUCAGAGGUACUUGGCCCAGAACCUGCAGUCAUGUCUGAGCUCAAAAUUCCUAACUGCUAAAUAAUGCGAAGUCUCUUCUGAGGUGGGGCCCUGUGUUUCUGGAUGGAAACUGAAGAAAUGGUCUCCAAGAAAGGGAUUUUUGUCUGGAUGUGAAUUUAUUUACACCAAGGCCUUACAAAGGCAUAAAAGACACAUUUUGUGGCACAUUUAACAAAAUGUAUUGACUGAAAAUAAAGCUGGAAUUGUCCCCAGAAAACCCAGGCCCCCUAGUCUCUCUGGGCUCCCAGUAGUAGUACUGCGGGGGCAGGGCAGAACCUGAAGUCUUCAGCUUGCCUCAGGAGUACCCGAUCCUGGCCAUAUCAUCCAGCGUGGCCUUAGUCCAUCUGAACCGCAUCCAAUUCGUCCAGGAACCGCUGACACUUCCCCAUCAGCACCUUGAUGGCUUCACUCACCAGCACAUCUGGUGGCAACACCCCUGUGGACUCAACAGAAACUGGGGACCAGAGAGAAACGUGCCUUAGCACAUACUGCUAGAUUCCACAUCUGACCUCCAGCAAACUGCGGCAUCAAAAAACCACCACCGCCCCACUGUCAACUUGAAACUCACAGAUAUAAUGGUCUCGAACACGCGCAAGCCGUACAACCUUCUUUAGCUUCUCAUUCCGGAAGACUUCCCUGCUAAAGGUAUCUAGCCGGGGAUUGGCAACUCUGGCCACCUUUUUACCUAAU